UAGUAUAACAGCAAUAUCUAUAAGAGCAAAAUUUUGAGAAGUUGAGGAUGAUAUUUCUUGUUGUUUUAUUUUUGGUUAUUUGUCAAGUGGGUGCAACGUUGAAGAUCGAUGCAUAUGAGGGAUAUGCCUACAUAGCAAAUUUCUCCUGCAAUCGGGACCAAGAACUUGUGACUAGAACUGUACAGAUUGGAAGAGUGCAAUCACCUUGCUAUGACGGUACAAGCAUAAAUUACCCGAAAGAGUUGACUUCUGGAUUCAAACUAGUCGAUAUCACAUUCGACAGUGUAUAUAUAUAUGGAUAUCGACUUACGAUUCUUGACUUUCAACUGGCGAGCAGUGACAGACUUUACAUUGGUUCAGGUACGGAAAAAGAUGGAUUGAAUACCCUGGCUAUCAGAAAUGUUACAUUUACAUCCAAUUCUACCACUGAUGGUUUGAUAUAUGUUCAAGACGUUGAAGACGGGCCUAUCGUCGAUGUGUUGAAUUUAGCCGGAAGAAACACGUAUGACUUGCAAAACUAUGAGACGGCUAUUAUGGACUUUUACACCGUUGAUGACACAAUUGGGGGACGAGGUUUUCUCAUUGAUUAUGAAGCAGACAUUAAUAAGUGUUUGUAUACUGGUGCUGAUAUUUAUUGCAUGAAUGGAGGAACUUGCUCAAGAACAGGUUUCAAUACAGCGUCUUGUGCUUGCACACCAGCCUGGACUGGUUCGAGAUGUGAAACUGAUGUGAACGAAUGUGAUACAACAUCACCUGAACACAACUGUGAUGCGAACGCAAACUGCGCAAAACUUGAUGGCGGUUUUACUUGCACAUGCAAAACUGGUUUCACCGGCAACGGAACACAUUGCGAAGAUAUUAACGAGUGUCCUGAUGGGGUCAAUACCCAUCUGUGUGCUCUAACCGGAACAUGCGCAAACAAGCCAGGCGGAUACGACUGUACCUGCAACAUCGGGUACGAAAAUGGAGCAUAUGGUCCUUGCUCUAAUAUCAACGAAUGCCGCAGAAAUACGGAUAAUUGUGACACGAACGCAGAUUGUGCAGAUACAGUGGGAAGUUUCACUUGUGCAUGCAAAACAUUUUAUACUGGAAAUGGAACCACCUGCGUUGAUAUUGACGAGUGUGCUAUGGGAACUCACGCUUGUGGUGAUACCGGCACUUGCGUCAAUAAAGUUGGUGGAUACAACUGUUCGUGUAAUUCUGGGUACGAGGGUGGUAUUGGUGGACCGUGUACAGAUAUCAAAGAAUGUAAUUCACCAACUACGAAUGCCUGCAGCGCUCAAGCGGAUUGUACCGAUACCAUCGGAAGUUACGUAUGUGCUUGCAAGACAGGUUACACAGGAGACGGAAAAACUUGUAACGAUAUCAACGAAUGUACAAGCAAUACACACAUCUGUCACGAUAAAGCAGAUUGUGCUAACAACAACGUGAGUUUUACAUGCACGUGCAAGACAGGAUACACAGGGACUGGAACAAUUUGUACAGAUAUCAAUGAAUGUGUAAUUGACACAGACAAUUGUCACAACGAUGCAAAAUGCACAAACAAUGAUGGAAGUUUUACUUGUGCUUGCGAAACCGGGUUUACGGGAGACGGAUUCAACUGCGCAGACAAUGACGAGUGUACACUCAAGACGGACAAUUGCCAUUCGAAUGCAACAUGUGGAAACACUUUCGGUAGCUUCACUUGCACAUGCAAGACUGGGUAUACUGGAAAUGGAAUCGAAUGUACCGAUCAGAACGAGUGCGACACCAGCCCGUGCGACACGAAUGCUGCUUGUACCAACAACGAUGGCUCAUUCGCUUGUGAAUGCAAUUCCGGCUUCACUGGAAACGGAUUUACGUGCACGGCAAAUUUCUCCUGCAAUCGGGACCAAGAACUUGUGACUAGAACUGUACAGAUUGGAAGAGUGCAAUCACCUUGCUAUGACGGUACAAGCAUAAAUUACCCGAAAGAGUUGACUUCUGGAUUCAAACUAGUCGAUAUCACAUUCGACAGUGUAUAUAUAUAUGGAUAUCGACUUACGAUUCUUGACUUUCAACUGGCGAGCAGUGACAGACUUUACAUUGGUUCAGGUACGGAAAAAGAUGGAUUGAAUACCCUGGCUAUCAGAAAUGUUACAUUUACAUCCAAUUCUACCACUGAUGGUUUGAUAUAUGUUCAAGACGUUGAAGACGGGCCUAUCGUCGAUGUGUUGAAUUUAGCCGGAAGAAACACGUAUGACUUGCAAAACUAUGAGACGGCUAUUAUGGACUUUUACACCGUUGAUGACACAAUUGGGGGACGAGGUUUUCUCAUUGAUUAUGAAGCAGACAUUAAUAAGUGUUUGUAUACUGGUGCUGAUAUUUAUUGCAUGAAUGGAGGAACUUGCUCAAGAACAGGUUUCAAUACGGCGUCUUGUGCUUGCACCCCAGCCUGGACUGGUUCGAGAUGUGAAACUGAUGUGAACGAAUGUGAUACAACAUCACCUGAACACAACUGUGAUGCGAACGCAAACUGCGCAAAACUUGAUGGCGGUUUUACUUGCACAUGCAAAACUGGUUUCACCGGCAACGGAACACAUUGCGAAGAUAUUAACGAGUGUCCUGAUGGGGUCAAUACCCAUCUGUGUGCUCUAACCGGAACAUGCGCAAACAAGCCAGGCGGAUACGACUGUACCUGCAACAUCGGGUACGAAAAUGGAACAUAUGGUCCUUGCUCUAAUAUCAACGAAUGCAGCAGAAAUACGGAUAAUUGUGACACGAACGCAGAUUGUGCAGAUACAGUGGGAAGUUUCACUUGUGCAUGCAAAACAUUUUAUACUGGAAAUGGAACCACCUGCGUUGAUAUUGACGAGUGUGCUAUGGGAACUCACGCUUGUGGUGAUACCGGCACUUGCGUCAAUAAAGUUUGUGGAUACAACUGUUCGUGUAAUUCUGGGUACGAGGGUGGUAUUGGUGGACCGUGUACAGAUAUCAAAGAAUGUAAUUCACCAACUACGAAUGCUUGUAGCGCUCAAGCUGACUGUAAUGAUACCAUUGGAAGUUACGUAUGUGUUUGUAAGACAGGUUACACAGGGGACGGAAGAACUUGUAACGAUAUCAACGAAUGUACAAGCUAUACACACAUGUGUCACGAUAAAGCAGAUUGUACUAACAACAACGGGAGUUUUACAUGCACGUGCAAAACAGGAUACAUUGGGACUGGAACAACUUGUACAGAUCAGAACGAGUGCGACACCAGCCCGUGCGACACGAAUGCUGCUUGUACCAACAAUGAUGGCUCAUUCGCUUGUGAAUGCAAUUCUGGCUUCACUGGAAACGGAUUUACGUGCACGGACGAUGAUGAAUGCACAUUGAAAACGGACAACUGCAAUACACGUGCUACAUGCACGAAUAUUCUCGGAAGCUUCAGAUGUGCUUGCAAAACCGGGUUUACCGGAGAUGGAGUAACUUGUGAAGGUUCAACGUUGAAGAUUGACGCAUAUGGAUUUGCCUACAAAGAUGCGAUCGGGAAUGGAACUAUCAAAUUUUUCAGUUCUGAAGCAGAAGCUUUGAAAGCUAUUUACAACUUGACAAAUGAGAUGACAAUUUAUGAAAUAAGUGGAUCUGGAGAUAGUGAUGGACUUAAUGCAACAGAAGUCAAAAGCUCAACGAAAGCUUGCCUCGAAAAAGUGUGCGGGAAUUAUGCCGAUUGUGUACCAUUGAAUUCAUUCGUUUUCAUCUGCCGUUGUGCCGCUGGCUUUGACUCUUUUUUGAGCAAUUCAACCUUUGCAUGUAAAGAUAUAAAAGAAUGUAAUUCACCAACUACGAAUGCCUGCAGCGCUCAAGCGGAUUGUACCGAUACCAUCGGAAGUUACGUAUGUGCUUGCAAGACAGGUUACACAGGAGACGGACUUGUAACUUGUAACGAUAUCAACGAAUGUACAAGCUAUACACACAUCUGUCACGAUAAAGCAGAUUGUACUAACAACAACGGGAGUUUUACAUGCACGUGCAAAACAGGAUACAUUGGGACUGGAACAACUUGUACAGAUAUCAAUGAAUGUGCAAUUGACACAGACAAUUGUCACAAAAUUGCAAAAUGCACAAACAAUGAUGGAAGUUUCACUUGUGCUUGCGAAACCGGGUUUACGGGAGACGGAUUUAACUGCGCAGACAAUGACGAGUGUAUACUCAAGACGGACAAUUGCCAUUCGAAUGCAACAUGUGGAAACACUUUCGGUAGUUUCACUUGCACAUGCAAGACUGGGUAUACUGGAAAUGGAAUCGAGUGUACCGAUCAGAACGAGUGCGUUACCAGCCCGUGUGACACGAAUGCUGCUUGUACCAACAACGAUGGCUCAUUCGCUUGUGAAUGCAAUUCCGGCUUCACUGGAAACGGAUUUACGUGCACGGACGAUGAUGAAUGCACAUUAAAAACGGACAACUGCAAUACAAGUGCUACAUGCACGAAUAUUCUCGGAAGCUUCAGAUGUGCUUGCAAAACCGGGUUUACAGGAGAUGGAGUAACUUGUGAAGUUGAAGAUGUUAUUUCUUGUUGUUUUAAUUUGGUUACUUGUCAAGUAGGUUCAACGUUGAAGGUUGACGCAUAUGGAUUUGCCUACAAAGAUGCAACCGGGAAUGACACUAUCAAAUAUUUCAGUUCUGAAGCAGAAGCUUUGAAAGCUAUUCACAACAUGACAAAUGAGAUGAGAAAUUAUGAAAUAAGUGGAUCUGGAGAUUCUGAUGAACCCAAUGCUACAGAAGUAAAAAACUCAACGGAAGCUUGCCUCGAAAAAGUGUGCGGGAAUGAUGCCGAUUGUGUACCCUUGAAUUCAUCCGUUUUUAUCUGCCGCUGCGCUACUGGAUUUGAUUCCGUUUUGAGCAAUUCAACCUUUGCAUGUAAAGAAAACGAAUGCUUAAGAAGAACACAUAAUUGCAGUAUCAAUUCAGUUUGCAAUAACACUGAUGGUGGAUAUGAAUGUUCAUGCAAUGACGGUUUCAUUGGUGACGGAUACAAUUGUAUCGAUGUAGAUGAAUGCAUGUCUGCUGAUAAAAAAUGCCACAGCAAUGCUCCAUGUUUCAACACCCCUGGAAGUUACGAAUGCAAGUGUAAAUCGGGUUACACUGGGAAUGGGAUCAACUGCAAUCUCAUUAAUGCAUGUGAAAAAUUAGGAAAUUGUGAUUUUUGUUGGAAAAAUGCGGGCGGAGUAGAAUGUAUUUGCAAUGAAGGAUACUCGGGUUCGGUAGAGUAUGGCGGGAAUGAUCAAUAUUUCACACAACACCACUAUGGUUAUAACAACAUUACUUGUUCUCGGUUUCUUUACAACUGUUCAUUUGAAAACGAUCGCUGUCAGUGCAGUCAAACUCUCAGAGAAAUAAAUACUUAUUGCUUCAAAGUUGACCAAUGUACAUCAGGGCAGCAUGAUUGUGACGAGAACGCAACCUGUAUCGAUUCUGCAAAUGGGACAUAUACCUGUCAAUGUAAAGAAGGAUUCACAGGCAAUGGCUUCAAUUGUACUGAUAUUAAUGAAUGUUCAAGUGAGUUUCUUCCUUGCUCAAAUUGCUCAAAUACAGUUGGAGGAUAUUCAUGUGGCUGUGAAAAAGGUUUUGACGGAGAAAAUUGUACUGAUAUUGAUGAAUGCCAGACGGGGAGGCAUAUUUGUCAUCCCAGGGCAAAAUGCACCAACACUUAUGGAAGCUAUAACUGCACCUGUGAUGCAGACUACUAUGAGGAAGGUGAUGAUGGGACUUGGUGCUCAGGAUGCCCAGGAAAUUCUUGGACAAAAUGGAUCGAUGCUGAUAUUGGAUAUGAAUACCGAGACAACAACAAGAUUUACUCCUAUGCAAUGGGUCGAGGGGAUUUUGAGCUCCUUUCUCUUAUAAAAGAUCAAUUGCACAGCACAAAUAUUUGUGCAAAUCCAACUAAUGCAAUGGCACAAGUAACAAACGGAAAACAUUAUCUUGAAGGAGAAGACAAAGUACAUAUGAGUAUCAAUGGAAUUUACUGUUUGAAUUACGAGCAAAAUGAUAGAAACUGCAAUAACUAUAAUGUGAAGUUUUGUUGUCCACCAGAAAACAAAUGUUUAAGUGGAACACAUAAUUGCAGUGGCAAUACGCUUUGCAAUAUUACUGAUGACGGAUAUACAUGUUUAUGUAUUGAUGGUUUUACUGGUGACGGAUACAAUUGUACUGACGUAGAUGAAUGCAUGACUGAUAACAAAUGUCACAGCAAGGCUCAAUGUAUCAACACCAUUGGGAGUUACGAAUGCAAUUGUAAGCCGGGUUAUACUGGAAACGGAACCAAUUGCAAUGAUAUCAAUGAAUGUGAAGUAUUAGAAAAUUGUGAUGGUUGUUGGAAUUAUGCAGGUGGCGUAAUGUGUACUUGUAAUGAAGGAUUGACAGGUUGGAUAGAGUACGGCGGUAGGGGUCAAUCUUUUAUCUAUACCGUCAACAAUUAUGACAACGUUACUUGUCCUCGUCUUUUGUACAACUGUUCAUUUGUAAACAAUCGCUGUCAAUGCAAUCAAACUCUCAGAGAAAUAAAUACCUAUUGCUUCAAAGUUGACCAAUGCACAUCAGGACAGCACGAUUGCGACGAGAACGCAACUUGUAUCGAUUCUGCAAACGGAACAUAUUCAUGUCAAUGUAAAGAAGGUUUCACAGGCAAUGGCUUCAAUUGUACUGAUAUUAACGAAUGUUGGAAUGAUCUUCCGCCUUGUUCAAAUUGUUCAAAUACAGUUGGAGGAUAUUCAUGUGGCUGUAAAAAAGGUUUUGACGGAGAAAAUUGUACUGAUAUUGAUGAAUGCCGGACGGGAAAGCAUAAUUGUCAUCCCAGAGCAAAAUGUACCAACACACAUGGAGGUUAUAAUUGCACCUGUGCUGCUGAUUAUUAUGUGAAAGGUGAUGAUGGGACUUGGUGCUCAGGAUGCCCUGGAGAUUCUUGGACAAAAUGGAUUGACGCUGAUGUCGGUUACCGGUACUGGUACCUUUUUUAUCCUUAUGCUGAAGGUCGAGGGGAUUUCGAGCUUCUUUCUCUGAUAAAAGAUCAAUUGCACAACACAAAUAUUUGUGCAAAUCCAACUAAUGCGAUGGCACAAGUAGAAAACGGAAAACAUUAUCUUGAGGGGGGAGACAAAGUACAUAUGAGCAUCGAUGGAAUUUACUGUUUGCAUUCUGAGCAAGAAGAUGGAAGUUGCAAUAACUAUAAUGUGAAGUUUUGUUGCCCAGAUAACACCUCGGUAAUGAAUUCCACCAAAUCAGAUAAUACCACCUCAGUGAAUUCCACCGAACCAACAGAAUCAAUCUCAUGGUUGGGAUCAAUUACUGAAGGACAAUCAGAAAUUAUCACAACGUUUGUAUGUAUUGGGAGUCCAAUUGACGUACAAUGGACAAAAUCACCUGCAGGAUCGACUUUCCUGUACAAAUUACAGAAUAAAGAUCGUACAACCAACAAAAUAAAACAAACAAGUGUGCAAAUGCUUCUGCCUGGAGACCAACUAUUUAAGGUAACAAGGAUGCUAUCACCUUCCCCAGACUUUUGCGUUACGUCAACAAAGAUAUCUUCUGAUAAGAAUGACAUCACUGUUGAACAGGUUGCCAGAAUUGAGCAGAACCGAAUGAAUUCAGUUAGUAAAGUGAUACACAAACUGCAGUCAAAAACCGUUAGAUUGACUUUCGUUGAUUUUGAAUGAGAAUUGCAGUCUCUGAUAACUUUCCAAAGACUUGACUGAAAGUUAUUUUAUAUGUUUGCGAAUUUAUUACAGACAGUUUUUGAAAAUCGAGAAACUUGCAGUUCAGAUCGCUCUGCUUUUUUCCCUGUAUGCAAUAACGUCCAUUAUUGACAAUUGCUCAGUUGUAAAUUCUAUGCUUAUAGCUUUUUCUUUACAUGGGCAGUAGCAGAAACAUUAAUCCAAUCUAUCGAUCUGAUAAGUGUUUCCUUUUACUUCUCAUCUUUCGGUAGUUGACCAGUGAUGACCACAAACUAUAUAUAACUGCGAGAUGAAGAAUAAAUCUCAUUUCACUAUUUUUAAAUAAAUAUAACCUUAUGUAUUUAUAUUGAUCCUUCUGUUUAUAAUGAAUGUUUUCCCAUAUUUCAUCAGAGUGAAAUUGUAUUAUCACUCAUCCCCUCCCCUUCCAAAAUCUUUCUCCUAGUAUGAUCAUAGUUUGCAUGUUAUUCAAUGUAUUUAUAUUAUUGAAUCAUUCAAUUUGUUUGUGUCAGGUCGACUGUCUUUAUAAUUCGCCAGGGGUUAUGCGUUACAUAAUUGUGUUUUAGGUCAACAAGACCUUGUAUGCGCGCCCUGUCUCACAAUAUCUGA